UCUUUUAUACAGCACAGCACUGCACUGCACUGCAGACAGGUUUUGAAGGAAAGAAAGAAAACAUUUGGCUAUGUCUCUUAGUAAGGACCUUAUAUUCUUGAUAUUGCAAUUCUGCAAAGAGGAGAACUUCACGAAAACUGCUCGCAUGUUAGGGCAGGAGACACAGUUAUUCUUUGACAUGGGACAUAUUGAAGCUCUCGUGCUCGGUGGCAAGUGGGAUGAAAUUGAGAACUAUCUUUCAGGUUUCACUGGUGUCACUGAAAGCAGAUAUUCUAAAAAAAUGUUUUUCGAGAUUAGGAAACAGAAGUUCCUUGAGGCACUCGACAGGCAAGAUCGUAAAACUGCUCUUGAGAUCCUUAUGAAAGAUCUUCAAGUGUUUGCCGAGACAAAUAAAGAGCUUUAUGCUGAGAUGACUCAGCUUCUUACAUUCGAUAACUUCAGAGAACAUCCUUCACUUGCUUUAUAUGGAGACACAUUAACUGCUAGGAACCGCAUAAUGAAGAUACUUAGGGUUGUCAUUGAAACAAACCCCCAGUUAAAUGGAAAACUCAACUUUCCAGAAUUAACCAAGUCAAGAUUGCGCCGUCUAAUUAAUCAAAGCUUGAACUGGCAGCAUGCUCAUUGUGCAAAUCCUCAGCAAGAACCGGAGAUCAAAACACUCUUCAUUGAUCACAAGUGUUCCAUACCUGAAGAUCAAUCGAUUAUGCAAAGGCCAGGGCCUACCCAAACCAUAUCGGCUGCAACCCCAGAUCAGUUGGUUAUGCAAAUGCCCAGGCCUAGCAAAAUCAUAUCGGCUGCAACCCCAGCUCAGUCGGAUACGCAGAUGCCAAGGCCUAGCAAUACCAUAUCGGCUGCAGCCCCUGAUAAGUCGAUUAUGCAAAUGCCAAAGCCUAGCAAAGGCAUAUCGGCUGCAACCCCAGCUCAGCCGGAUACACAGAUGCCAAGGCCUAGCAAAGCCAUAUCGGCUGCAACCCCAGCUCAGCCGGAUACACAGAUGCCAAGGCCUAGCGAUACCAUAUCGGCUGCAACCCCAGAUCAGUCGAUUAUACAAAUGCCAAAGCCUAGCGAAACCACAUCGGCUUCAAAUCCAGAUCAGUCGGUUGUGCAAAUGCCAAGGCCUAGCGAAACUACAUCGGCUUCAAAUCCAGAUCAGUCGAUUACGCAAAUGCCAAUGCCUAGCGAAACUACAUCGGCUUCAAAUCCAGAUCAGUCGUUUACGCAAUUGCCAGGGCCUAGCGAAACUACAUCGGCGUUUAAUCCAGAUCAGUCGUUUACGCAAAUGCCAAGGCCUAGCAAAACCAUAUCGGCUGCAAACCCAGAUUGUCAACAAAUACAUUAUUCUAGUUCUUCCAUUGUAACUGAUGACAUAGCUUCUGCUUCUACUUCGAAGGCUGUUCAGGAUUCUGGUAAUUUAUCUGAUGUAAACACUACAAGGAACAUGAACGAGAAAGUGUUAUCCAAAACUGCUCCUUGUCAAGACCAGGAUGCAUCGGGUAACCUCUCGGAUGACUUUCCGAAGACCGUUGAACGUGUUUUAACCAUUGGCAAUCCACCGACGGCCAGCGAUUAUCCAACAAUCAGAAGCAUUUAUCCGACGGUCAACUAUUAUCCAACCACAAUGGAUUUUCACCCUGUUCAACAGACACUUCUGAUAGUUGGAGACGGUGGUGGAAGCGUAGAGCUGUGGGAUGUUAGUUCUGGAAAAAUGUUGUUUAGAAGAACGUUAAUGAUCUGGGAAGUAGAGGUUUUUUCACCGGACUUUCUGAAAAGUAUGGGUGAAGAUCCGAGGAUCUCAGUAAAUCGAGUCCUAUGGAGUCCCGAUGGCUCUCUCUUUGGGGUUGCAUCCUCUAAGAACAUUGUUCAACUAUAUAGUUAUCAUAAUAAUGACAAUCAUGCUGAAAACCAUCUGGAGAUUGAGGCUCAUUUUGGAAGUAUAAAUGAUCUUGCAUUUUCUAAGCCAAAUAACCAACUUCUUGUCAUAACGUGCGGCGAGGACAUGUUGGUCAAGGUCUGGAAUGCUAACAAUGGUGCGAAACAAUAUACUUUUGAAGGUCAUAAAGCCCCCGUUUACUCUCUUUGCCCUCACGAGAAGGAAGAUGUUCAUUUUAUAUUUUCAACAUCAACUAAUGGUGAAAUAAAAGCAUGGGUGUAUGAAAACUCUGGACCAUGUGUUUCUUACGAGGCUCCUAGUAAAUGUUGCAUGAGAAUGCUUUACAGUGCUAAUGGUAAAAGGCUUUUUUCAUGUGGGACUAAUAAAGAUGGAGACUCCCACUUGGUGGAAUGGAAUGAAACUGAUGGUUUCAUAGUAAGGACCUACCUUGGACUUGGCAAAUGUUCUUCGGGUGUUGUGGAAUUCGAUAUCAGCAGGAAUAACUAUGUGGCUGCUGGAGAUUCCCAUGUAAUCAAAUUUUGGAAUGUUAAUGAUGCUCAACUCUUGACAGUUGUCGAUGCUGGUGGAGACCUUCCUGCAAGUCCAUAUGUUCGAUUCAACAAGAAUGGCACUUUAUUGGCUGUCUCUGUGGAUCAUAACAGUGUCAAAAUCUUGGCAAAUGAUGGUGGCCGCAUUUUGCUUCAAACUUCAUUGGAUGCCUCUACAUAUCUAUCUACAAGAGAGCUUGCAGGCAAUUCCCUAAGUGGUCCUGCUAAUAGUAGCUCGAUUGAUGGCAUUGUCCCUCCGGAAAUGACAGCAGAAAACCUGGCAAGUAUGGAGCAUCACAAGAUAUUAGGGAAUCCGAGCACCUCUAAGGUCGUCCAAAUUUCACGAUGUCAAUCUUUGAGGCUCCCCUCGGAAGUGAAGACAAAUAAGGUGUGUAGGUUAGCAUAUGCUCAGGCAGGAAAUAUGCUUGUGGCCUUAGUCACAGGUGGUAUUCAUCUAAUCUGGAAAUGGUCCGAGAGUGAUUCUAAUUUGACUGGCCAGACAACACCAAAAUGCACUCCUCAACUAUGGCAACCACGGAGUGGGGUGGUUCCGGAAAACAGUCUGCUCAGUAGUGAUGCAGGAGCAGUUUCACCUUGCAUAGCUUUGACCAAUAAUGGUUUUUAUGCACUUUCGGCAUCCGGAGGAGCGGUUUCUAUAUUUAAUAUAAACCUCUAUAAGAUUAUGAAAAGUAUCACACCUCCUACACCUGCAGCAACAUGUAUCGCUUGCCACCCGACUAACAACAAUGUGAUUGCUGUUGGGAUGGAUGAUUUGACAAUCAUUGUCUACAGUGUCCGUACGGAGGAGUUAAUAAGCAGGCUUAAUGGACACUCUAAAAGGAUUACUGGACUAGCAUUCUCUAACACAAUGAAUGUGCUUGUUUCUUCAGGAGCAGACUCUCAGAUAGUGGUGUGGAAUUCAACAAACUGGGAGAGGGAAGGAAGUACAAUGUUGCAGACAUCUGCAGACUGGUUACCAACAGAAGUAUCAGAGACAUCUGUCGAAUUUCAGCGAGAUGAGAAAUGCUUCCUUGUUGUACAUGAGACUCAAAUUGCAAUCUAUGAACCAACAAAGCUAGAAUGUGUGAAGCAGUGGAUAAUCAAAAACUUCUGUGCGCGAAUUUCACAUGCAACAUUUUCAUGUGAUAGUGAGUGGAUAUAUGCUGUUAUGAAAGAUGGGAUCGUUUUGAUACUCUCUGCUUCAGAUCUCUCUCCCAAAUAUGAGAUUGAUCCUUCUACUUUCCUCACUUCUGAUUUGAGUUGCAGUGCUCAUGUGUUCCCUGUGGUGGUUGCUGCUCAUCCUGAAAAUCCAAACCAGUUAGCUUUGGGUUUAAACGACGGUGGAGUAGUCGUUAUUGAACCUUCAGAGUCUGAUGGUAAAUGGUGUGAGCCACCCAACGCGACGACUCUUACCAAUGAGCAACCAAUAUAGCAGUAGUUAACUUCGUCCAUUUGAUGAUUUGUCAUCACUUAGAGCUGCUUCUUGCUAUUGACUAACAAUAACUAUAUUUAUUUUAUUUUCAUAAAGACCAUGCUAUAAAUGGACAACUAUUUAUGUACUCUUAUAUGUUGUUUAUGUUUCA